AUGUACCGCUUUCUUGGUGCCUUUCUUCUCUUGAUUUUACUUAUAAGUAACAGGGUUUUAGGCCAAGAUGGAAACAGAAGAUUUGGUAUGGGCAGUGGUGCCGGAGGCGGUCUUGGUGGCAAAUAUGAUACUCCUGUCGGAGGUAUUGGCGGAGGUCUAGGCGGCGGCGCGGGGAGUGGAGUUGUCCGUGAGCCCGGAGGUGCGGUGAUCGGAGGUGCUGGUGCAGGAGGUGGCGGUGGUCUUGGUGGUAGAGUUGGCGUUGUUGGUGGUGGCAUUGGAGGUGGUGCUGGUGGAGGCGUUAUAGGAGGUCAGGCUCCGAAUGGCGAUAGUGGCGUCGGAGGAGGGUUUGGUGCUGGAGGAGGAUUUGGAGGCGGCGGAUUAGGUAGCGGUGGGUUUUUUGGUGGUGGAUUUGGUGCUGGCGCCGGUGCAGGAUAUUUUGGUGGUGGACAUUAA